AUGAAGAUUGGCGAAUUCUGCAACGCGAUCGGCGUCUCCAACAAGUCCUACAACGGCUUCAUGAGCCAGAGCGGCACCCACAAAGGCUCCGGCUCCGCCGCCUACAAUGCCGCCUGGAAAUUCUUCAAGAAGCGAGAGCUGAAAGGCAUUCCUCCGCCCAAGAAGAAGCGCACCACAGCGCGUGCCACCACGGUUGCCGCCGCCACUGCGUCCCACGAUGUCGCUUCUGUAACCGUACCAGGCGAAGAGACCGACUCUGUUGAGAUAUACGAUACCUGCGACGAAAUCCGCCGCAAAAUCAACCUUCACCUCAAAAAAGAUGGUGUUACCCAAGCCGGCUUCCUGCGCGACCUCAUGGCGCAGUACCACACGUCCGACCGCAAGAUCCAGUCCAAGCAACUCACCGACUUCCGCAGCAAGAAGGGCGCGGACCGCGGCAACACGAGCUGCGUCUACUACGCGAGCUACGUGUUCUUCGAGAAGCUGCGGAUCAGGGAGGGGAAGAAGAAGACGCCGACGCGUGAGAAAAUGGAGCAGAUCUGGGGGGAGGCGGGGGGCAUGAAUACUACGGAUAGAGGGACGGCGUAUGUCAUAGUGGGGUCGGGCAUGGUACCCAGGGAGGAUAGGUUUGGGAGGAUUUGGAGCGAGAUGAAGUAG